GCUAACAGCUAAGUCGUGAAAAUUACUUCUUUCACAACCCAAAAAAAAAAAAAAAAAAAAAUUGGUUCUUUAGCUUCAUCUUUAAACUACUGAAACGACAAAAAUUCUCCAUGUCUUGACAUGCUAAUCGUCCUCAAUCCAGGGCUUUUCUGCUUCUCUGUUAUGGACCCAAAUCCAUAAAAACCCCUCACAACCAAAUAUUAUUUUCUUAAAAAAAGCAAUCUGUAAAUGCAAUGAAAAGCUUUUACUUUCUUCCCCUUCAUAGGACAAAAAAGGCACUAAACCCAACUUGCAACGAGCAAAGAUUUCUUUGCCGUUCUGCUGGGGAUUAGACAUCCGGGGUCUUUCUCUAUUGGAGCUCACAUGAUCUUAACAGGAAUCUAAAAUUUCAGUUCCAGCUAAGUUCAAAGAAAUCAUUUCUCUUUGUUCCACAAUAAGUUUCCAGAGUUUGUGAUGAUGGGUUAUGGAAAGUUUGAAGUCUGGGCUUUAUCAGUCUUGUGUUUGGCGCUCUUUUCCAGUGGGUUUGAUCCAAUAGACAAUUACCUUAUAGACUGUGGAUCAACCCGCAAUACUUCUGUGGGUGACCGUGUUUUUGUUUCUGAUAACUCGGCUUCCAAGUUUCUUUCAACCCCAAAAGAAGUCCUAGCAAAUACCCCCUUGAAGUCAAUUACUUCUUCUGAUGACUCGCCGCUCUAUCAAACCGCGAGAAUCUUUACUGAAUCCUCAAAAUACACUUUUCCAAUCAGCCAAAGGGGUAGACACUGGAUCCGCCUUUAUUUCUUUCCAUUUGUUUAUGCUAGCUACGAUAUGAGCACUGCGAAGUUUGGUGUUUCCACCCAAAAUCAUGUUCUCCUUAGUGAUUUCGGUGUUGAUAAGGCUUCUCUUAAAGAAUUUUCUGUAAAUGUAACCUCAGAUAGCCUUGUUAUUACCUUCACCCCAUCCUCAUCUUCAUUUGCUUUCUUAAAUGCCAUAGAAGUUGUAUCAGUCCCUGAUAAGCUCAUUACAGAUGAUGCCGACAGUGUAAACCCAUCAGAAAAUUUCCAAGGACUACUUACUCAGGCAUUGGAGACUGUGGCGAGAGUGAACAUGGGGGGGCCAACGGUGUCCUUUGAGAAUGAUACCCUCUGGCGAACUUGGGUUCCAGACCAAAGUUUUUUGGUAAACAAGAAUGGUGCCAAAAAUUUCUCAAACAUUGGAGCUGUUAAGUAUUCCAGUGGUGGAGCGACCCCUGAUAUUGCUCCAAAGACAGUCUAUGGUACUGCCACCGAGAUGGACUCAGGAGAUGAUCCCAACAGCAAUUUCAAUGUGACCUGGGAGUUCCAAGUGGAUCUUGGGUUUCGUUACCUUGUUCGGUUUCACUUUUGUGAUAUAGUAAGUAAAGGUCUUAACAUGCUCUACUUCAAUGUGUAUAUUGACUCCUGGAGUGUUGCUCAUGAUCUUGAUCUGAGUACUUUGUCAGUUAAUGUGUUGGCUGUACCACAUUAUAUGGACCGAGUUACACUGCCAACUGUUAGUGAUAAGCUUCGCGUAAGUAUUGGACCUUCCAAUGAUGUUGAUGGUAUUUACCCAAAUGCUAUUCUGAAUGGGCUAGAGAUAAUGAAAAUGAACAAUUCUAUUGGUAGCCUUAGUGGUUCUAUGGUAAUUUCUUCAAGUUCAAAGAAGAAUGUUGGAGUAAUAGUUGGUGUGACCAUUGGGGUGUUUGUAGCAGUGGUCUUAGCUGUGAUCUUCUUUCUUAUGUGCAGAAAAAGGAGAAGAAUGGCACUUCAGGGCCAUUCUAAGACAUGGAUUCCUUUGUCCAUCAAUGGAGGCAAUUCUCACACCGUGGGAAGUAAGUACUCUAAUGGAACAAAUGCUAGCAUUGCUUCUAACUACGGGUAUCGCUUUCCAUUUGUGGCAGUUCAAGAGGCUACAAACAAUUUUGAUGAAAAUUGGGUUAUUGGCAUUGGUGGUUUUGGGAAAGUAUACAAAGGAGCUCUAAAUGAUGGCACCAAAGUAGCUGUUAAGAGAGGAAAUCCGCGAUCCCAACAAGGACUUGCAGAGUUCCAGACUGAGAUUGAGUUGCUGUCUCAAUUCCGCCAUCGCCAUCUUGUUUCACUAAUUGGCUAUUGUGAUGAAAAGAAUGAGAUGAUCUUAAUAUAUGAAUAUAUGGAGAACGGGACCCUUAAAAGUCAUCUUUAUGGCUCAGGUCUUCCGAGCUUGGGUUGGAAGGAAAGGCUUGAAAUAUGCAUUGGUGCCGCUAGAGGUCUUCAUUACCUUCACACUGGCUAUGCAAAAGCAGUUAUUCAUCGCGAUGUAAAGUCUGCUAACAUUUUGCUUGAUGAGAACCUCAUGGCAAAAGUUGCUGAUUUUGGGCUUUCCAAAACAGGGCCUGAAAUUGAUCAGACUCAUGUGAGCACAGCAGUGAAAGGGAGUUUUGGGUACCUUGACCCUGAAUAUUUCAGGAGGCAACAACUAACAGAGAAGUCAGAUGUCUACUCCUUUGGGGUGGUUUUGUUUGAAGUUCUCUGUGCAAGACCAGUCAUAGAUCCAACCCUCCCAAGGGAAAUGGUGAACUUAGCUGAGUGGGCAAUGAAGUGGCAGAAGAAGGGGCAAUUGGAACAAAUCAUAGAUUCUACUCUUGUAGGAAAAAUUAGACCAGAUUCUCUUAGGAAGUUUGGAGAAACUGCUGAGAAAUGCUUGGCAGACUUGGGGGUCGAUAGGCCUUCAGUGGGAGAUGUCCUGUGGAAUCUGGAAUAUGCCCUUCAGCUUCAAGAUGCAGUUAUCCAAGGUGAGCCUGAAGAAAACAGUACUAAUAUGAUAGGCGAACUAUCUCCACAAAUCAACAAUGUCAACAAUGUUGAUACAGCUGUUUCUGGAUUUGAAAUGUCAAGUGUAGAUGAUCUUUCAGGUGUUUCCAUGAGUAGGGUGUUCUCACAGCUGGUGAAGUCUGAGGGUAGGUGACAGAUUUCAGAUAGUAAAGAAUAUUUUAUGGGUUCAGCUGCUCUUUUGGGACUCAUUGGAGAUUUAUUCAGUGUAUGACACCAAGAUCUACUCAAUACACUCCCCUCUUGGUAAAAUGGCAAAAGAUUAUUUCCUGCGGCUGUAUGUGGCUUGUUUGGUCAACAGACAAUUCCUCAGAGGAUGCCCUUAUUUUUCUCGCCUGCUCAUCCUUUUCUGCUAGUGUCUAAAUAUCAAUCUCCCUUUUUUUUUUUUCUUUUUGUUUUUCUUUUUUUUUUUUGUGCUUUUUUUUUGGGGGUGUAAAUUCACAAUCAAAAAGCCUAAAGCAUCUUGACUUCUCUUUUGUACAGAAAGGGUGGUGGCUGAAGUGAGUUUUGGCUUAUCGAUAUAAUGUUUGUGUCUUAUAGUUUUUUAUUUGAAUAUGAAGUAAGUUGGUGAAAGCUACAUUUACCUUUCUUAUGCCUGUUGUUGCGUGUCAUUGGCUCUUGAUAGAUUUGCCAUUUUUCCUUACAUAAUAUUAUAUGACAGUUGUUCUUUUCAUGACU